CAUAAACAAAGCACUCACUGCUGGAGUACUAGGAAAAGUCAAAAGUAUGAUACGUGGGUUGUUAUUAGGAGAUUAGGACAAAAAAAAUUAUUGUAUUUGCUGUGAUUUAAAUCAUUUUAAUUCACAAGAUCAGAACUGCAUAAUGGCCGAUCUCAAAAAGGAUCUUGACGAAUAUCUUCUGCUGCAAAGCGAUCAGAAGAAAAGUUUCAAGCUCGAAAUGCCAAAGAUGCCCUCGAUGUCCACACCCGGGUUGGUGGGAAAGCUCUUCGGAAAAAAUCAGGAACCAGAGGCAAACAGCUGGCUUAAGGACACGCAAGAUACUUGUUGUCCGAAAUUGAGCCGAAUACAAAGAAUCGUAGGAUUCGUUACCUGUAUGGGCCUUGGAGUGUUCUGUAUGACAGUGUCUACAUUCUAUAUUCCUUUGCUAAUCCUCAAAGCAAGAAAAUUUGCUUUACUCUACACUUUGGGAAGUAUUUUCUUCAUCAUGAGUUUCGCUUUCCUAAACGGCUUUGGAGCAAUGUUCCGGCAGUUAUUCUCUCGGGAACGGUUGGCUUUAUCGAUAUCCUACAGCUGCUGCCUGGUGGCAACACUGUACUUUGCAAUGAUUGAACAAAGUACGGCCUUUACCGUGCUGUUUGCGGUCGCACAAAUCAUAUCGCUACUCUGGAUGAUUCUGGGAGCGGUGCCCGGUGGAAUGACGGGAGUCAAAUUUUUCGGUCAAAUGUUCCGAAGUUCCGUAUCGAACCAACUACCGGUGUAAGGCAAUACAAAUGCUCGGUGAAGAAGGCUGACAGGGGGAAUGUGACUGAUAGAAUCAGAUAGAUGCUGCUUGUGUAAUUUGACCGUACAAACGGUAGAAUUGUAUCAGUAAACUAAGUAUUUUUUAUCAAAUAAUAAUAAUAACAAUAAUUGUAA